AUGCACAAAAAUGAAGAUAUUAGUGGGAAAUGUCAAACGGCGAACGAUGAACGUCUUUCGAGAAAUCAUCUGAUUUUGGUAGUGGACAUAAAUUUCAUGAUAUGGUGUGAAGGAGUGAAGAUAAAAUUUGAUAAGAACAAUGUGAAAACAUUAAAGUUAUCAGAUUUCCUAAAAUCAGUAUUUCAAUUUGUAAGAUUUUAUUGUCUCAUGAGUAAUUCUGAAAGAAUAUGUAUUAUAGCUACAUCUUUAAAAAACUGUAAAAUAUUAUAUGAAAACCACAUAUCGUAUGCAAAAAACAAUUUAACAGAGACUAAUUUCUGUGAUGAGGCAUAUAAUAAGCUAAUUGAAUUUAUAGAUGAAAAUAAGACUGAGAAAGUUAUGGAAAGUAGUUUAUCUUCUGCAUUUGCAUUGGCAUUAUGUUACAAUCAUAGAAUACGUAAUAUGUAUGAAAAUAUGAAUAGUAGAAUAUUUUUGUUAGAUAUAUCAAAUCAAACUUAUGUGUACACAAAUCAAUACACGCAAUUAAUGAAUAUAGCAUAUAAUGCAAAAAGGAAUAGUAUAAUAAUAGAUGUUUUUUCACUUAAUUAUAAAAUACAAUUAUUAGAACAGAUUUGUAAUAUUACUAAUGGAUUAUAUAUUGAUAAUAGUAUUUUUUCCAAUAUUAAUUGUACUGAUCAUAUUGAAGAUAUAUUAACUCAGACUAUUAUUUUUUGGUUCCUUCCAUCAAAAAUUUCAAGAAAAUAUUUCUCAAAUACUUACUUAAAUGAUGACACAAAUAUUGCUGUUUGUUCAUGUCAUAAUAAACAGGUGGACAUUGCUUACAUAUGCUCAUGUUGUUUGGCUAUUUACUGCUCUGAAAAGGAUGAGCAAACUAAGAAGGACAGAAUUUCUUGUUGUGUUUGCAAGACUAGAUUUACCAAGCCACUCCUGAGAAAUAAAACUCUUUCUGACUUGGAUUUUACCACUAUUUAA